ACACCCAAUUCAUGUCAAAGAUACACGUAUUCUCUAAAUAUUGCAUAUAUCUCUAGAUGGGCUAGCUUCUCUUGGACCAGAAGAUCUGGGUUAUUGUGCUAAAGCAUUGUUUGGGCUUUAUAUGUAUAAUAAUAAUACGUAUAUUGCUUCAAUUUGGUAUAUGAUUGUACAAGGAAUGUCUAUUCUUUCCUUUCCUUUUCUUCAAUCACGUUAACCGUUGCUAUCUUGGUUGCUGUUAUUGAGGGGGAGCACUGAUCAUUACUUACUUUUUAAGUUGAUCACAAUGGCUGAUAACAACGCCACCGUAAUUGCUUCGUCUGAUAAAUUGGAUACCACGCUUGAAAACGCGGUAAUUCCUUCCUCUUCAGCAGAUGAAGAAGCAGGCAGUGUCAUCAAACGCCGCCGCACAGACAGUGGCAGUGGGAACGCCAAACAACUCUGCACAGAAAAUGAGAAAGACAUGAGUGGCCGAGAUAAAGUUAGUCGUGUCCGUGCUCCUCGUAUGAAUCGUGACGAAUUCUUUCAGCGCUACCCGAACAUAGCUGAGGGUGUUGGCCAUUUCUUUCCGUAUUGCCAUACUCCGAUUAGUGCAAAUGUCAUCGGAGAUUGCUUCGCCUUUGCUUCUCCAACCAAACUUGACGCCUUGGAAGGGGAGUGGAUAAAUUACUUCAAUGAGAGCUGCCAAUGUACUCGACAACGAAUGACAUUCAUGCCCAAGUACUCUGCGUUAUUUCAGCUAUCUCAGGGGGCUUACAAACAGCCAGCGAAUUCUGAUAACACGAGGAAACAACGGGUAAAGACAAGGAGUGAAUUUGCUUCUAAGUAUCCGCUUGUAACCGCGGGUUUUGAUGAUUAUACGUGUCUACCACGAAAUGAUGUGAAGGACAUCAGGUUAGACUAUUUGAUGUCUACUGCUGAACACCAGCUCAGGGAGCUCGAAGCUGAACAUGCGUCGUUUUACGAAACCCGGUUUAACCUUGCUAACAAACUUAUCCUGCUCAUAGAUAAACAGACCAGGUUACUUCAUGUGGGUGCAAAGGAAUACAGGAAAUACCAUAAAUCUAUAACUAAGGCUGUCAAGAGGAAUGAAUCGUCUUGCUGAGGAAAGCUUUGAGGUUUAUGAAGAGAUAAUUCGUUAUUUUAAAUGGCUUGAAUUUGAUUAAUUAAUUUAGUUUGUUUUUACAUUGUAAACCUCUCAUCUCUUUCUAUGAUUUCCGCUUUGCUUAAGUGAAUGCUGCUUGGUAUUGUAGUAUU